CCCAAUUUCAUACCUACAAUCCCACAACUAUGACCCAAAAAGCCAUCAUCGUGACCUCCCCCAAACAGGGCGGACUCGUCACCGACCGCCCCAUCCCCACCCUCCGCGACGACUACCUCCUCAUCAAAACCGUCAGCGUGGCCCUCAACCCCACCGACUGGAAGCACAUUGCCUUCCUCGCACCCCCCGGCGCCCUAGUCGGCUGCGACUACGCCGGUAUCGUCGAGGAAGUCGGCCCCGCCGUCAAGAAACCCUUCAAGAAGGGUGACCGGGUUUGCGGGUUCGUUCACGGCGCCAACGCCGUGCAGCACGAAGACGGCACCUUUGCUGAAUAUAUCGUCGCCAAGGGCGAUAUCCAGAUGCACAUUCCUGAGAACCUCAGCUUCCAGCAAGCCGCGACUCUGGGUGUGGGCAUCAGCACUGUGGGCCAGGCACUGUACCAGAGCUUGAAGUUACCUCUGCCCACGGAACCGCGCAAGGAAGAGGGCGGAGAGAUCCUGAUCUAUGGUGGAUCGACGGCGACGGGGACUCUAGCGAUUCAGUUCGCCAAGUUGUCUGGGUACAAGGUGCUGACGACGUGCUCGCCACGGAAUUUUGACCUCGUGAAGAAUCUGGGUGCCGAUGUGGUGUUUGAUUACAAUGCGCCGAACUCGGUGGCGGAGAUUCGCAAGUAUACGGGUGAUAAGUUGAAGGUGGUUCUGGAUACGAUUUCGACGGAGGAUAGUGCUAAGUUUUGUGAUGGGGCGAUUUCGACGGAGGGUGGAGAGUACAGUGCGCUUUUGGCGGUGGGGAUUGAGCGCGCGAAUGUCAAUGAUCGCUGGACGUUGGCGUAUACCUCCGUUGGUGAGGACUUUAUGUUUGGCCCUGAUCUUUGGCCGGCUAAGCCGGAGGAUAAGGCGUUCCAGGAGAAGUUCUGGAGCAUUGCGGAGAAGUUGCUUGCGGAAGGGAAGAUCCAGGUGCACCGUCCUAGUGUGCGCCCGGAUGGAUUGAAGGGUGUUUUGGAGGGUUUGGAGCUUCUCAAGGCCGAUAAGGUCAGUGGUGAGAAGUUGGUCUACAAUGUUGCCGAGACUCCUUAGAUGGGAUUGAUCUAUGAUGGGAUUGAGAGUAAUUAAUGGGAUAUGAUUGAGACACAAUGUAAUUUUAUCGGGAGUGGGGCGGAUCCCACCC